CAAAAAUCUUGACCCAACUUCACUGCGAUUUUUACAGUGUCAAGUUCAAGAAGUCAAAUAUUAAAAAAAAAAACAAAUAAUUAAAAUAUUCAAUAAUUAUUUAUCAUUUUAAAUUUCAGGGGCUUUCUCACUUACCAAACUGAAAUAUCACGUUUUCCGCCAUAAAGUCUCAUAACCUGUAAUGAAAAUGAGCAAACAUAUGUAUUCCACAGUGAAUCUUUCCGACAAGGACCUAAAAGAGCAAGGCAAUCGUUUGUACAAUCUAAGAAAAUACGAAGACGCAAUUAGUUGUUACAGUAAAGCAAUAAUAAAAAAUCCUGAUAUUGCGCAUUAUUUUACGAACCGAGCUUUGUGCUAUCUGAAACUGUUGAAAUGGGACAGUGCUUGCACGGAUUGCCGAAGGGCCUUGGAUAUGGAUCCAAAUAUUGUCAAAGGGCAUUUCUUUUUGGGACAAGCUUUACUGGAAACUGGCAAUUUGGAUGAAUCUAUUAAACACCUACAAAGAGCUCUAGAUUUGGCAAAAGAACAAAAACUCAACUUUGGAGACGAUAUUGCCGCCCAAUUGAGGACAGCAAGAAAAAAGAGAUUUGCAAUACAAGAAGAAAAACGAAUUUCGCAAGAAAUUGAGCUUCAAACAUAUCUAAACAGAUUAAUAAGGGAGGACAAAGAGCGACAAAUUAACAAUUUAAAAUUAGAAGAAAUUGACAAUAGUAAUAGAAACGAAAAAAUAUUAGAUAUUGAGGAAAAAUCUGAUUCCUAUUUAAAUGAUUUGAAUGCCCUAUUUCAAAAAGUUGACGACAGACGACGGAAAAGAGAAGUUCCAGAUUAUUUGUGCGGCAAAAUAAGCUUCGAAAUAUUACAAGAGCCUGUUAUAACUCCCAGCGGUAUUACUUAUGACAAAAAAGACUUGGAAGAACAUUUACAGCGUGUUGGUCACUUUGACCCGGUAACUAGAGUAAAAUUAACAGCAGAUCAGCUUAUACCGAAUUUUGCAAUGAAGGAAGUAGUGGAUGCCUUUUUGGCUGACAAUGAAUGGGCUUUGGAAUAUUAAGGCUCUGUCAUGAAAAACCUUUGAAUAGGAUUAAAGCAAGAGCUAGUGACCUAUUUUAGUGAAUAUUGUAAAUUGUCUUUUUGAAAAAAGGUUUGUUUGUGUAAAUUUUGGAAGUUUUUUCAGAAACCAAACCACACUGCUUCCUCCUUUUACAAUUUUACAGCUUACUAAAAUAGAUCACUUGCUCCGAGUCUAUGUUUAAGUUCGAAAUUAAAACAUUAGGAUUACUGUAUCAUCGUUGUUCAAUAUUUUGAUGUAAAUAGAAAUUUAAGUGCCACUUGUAGACAAAAAUGUUGAUUUUACAAAUGUUUUAACUUUAUAUGAGAUUAUAUUGCAUGAAUACUUUUUGAUACUGAGAUGUUGGUGUGUUUGUUUCAAUAUAAAAUUCUUUUUGAACAA